AUGGCAUCGGCUGCGGCCACAUCACCGAACGAAGAGCUGCUCCUGAAGGGGACACUCAUUGGACACAACUCGUGGGUGACUCAGAUCGCCACCAAUAACCGGUUCCCGGACACCAUCCUCUCCUCCAGUCGGGACAAGACGUUGAUUGUCUGGAAACUGUUGCGCGAAGACAGCAACUAUGGUAUCCCACAGAAGCGACUUCGAGGUCACGGCCACUUCAUCACGGAUGUGGUGCUCUCGAUGGACGGACAGUACGCGCUGAGCGGUUCCUGGGAUAAGACCCUUCGGCUCUGGGAUCUGGCCGUCGGUAAGACUACCCGCAGGUUCGAGGACCACACGAAGGACGUGCUGUCCGUGGCGUUCAGCGCCGACAAUCGCCAGAUCGUGUCCGGCAGUAGGGAUCGUACCAUUAAGUUGUGGAACACUUUGGCCCAAUGCAAGUACACCAUCCAAGAAGAGGGUCACUCCGAUUGGGUCUCGUGUGUCCGCUUCUCGCCCUCGAACUCCAACCCGAUUAUCGUCAGCGCCGGUUGGGAUAAACACGUGAAGGUGUGGAAUCUGACCAAUUGUCGGCUCAAGACCAACCAUAUCGGUCACACGGGAUACUUGAAUACAGUGACGGUCUCACCCGAUGGCUCGCUGUGCGCUUCGGGCGGCAAAGACUUCAAAGCGAUGCUUUGGGACCUGAAUGAAGGCAAACACCUGUACACUCUGGACCACAACGACAUCAUUAACGCCCUGUGCUUCUCGCCGAACCGCUAUUGGCUGUGUGUGGCCACCGGUCCCUCCAUCAAGAUCUGGGACCUCGAGAACAAGCAUUUGGUGGACGAGUUGAAGCCCGAAGUGAUCUCCGCCUCGUCGAAGACCAAAGCGCCGCAGUGUAUAUCGUUGGCCUGGAGUGGCGACGGCAUCACACUCUUCGCCGGCUAUACCGAUAAUCUGAUCCGUGUCUGGCAAGUGGUUCCCACCAGUUCUAAGAGCUCUUAG